UCAGGAGUACUUCCGGGUGACGGAGGUCGGCCCCGGCAAGAUGGCGGCCCCCUUGGAGCUCAGCUGCUGGGGAGGUGGCUGGGGGCUCCCUUCGGUCCACAGCGAGUCCCUGGUGGUGAUGGCUUAUGCCAAAUUUUCUGGCGCACCCUUGAAAGUCAAUGUUAUAGAUAACACCUGGAGAGGUUCAAGAGGUGAUGUACCAAUUUUGACAACAGAAGACAACAUUGUUUCUCAGCCUGCAAAAAUACUAAGCUUUUUAAGAAAGCAGAAAUAUAAUGCUGAUUGUGAGCUCUCUGCAAAACAAGGGGCAGAUACACUGGCUUACAUUGCUCUCCUGGAAGAGAAACUUCUCCCUGCUGUGCUUCACACUUUCUGGGUUGAGAAUGACAACUACUUUACUGUGACAAAGCCGUGGUUUGCCUCCCGUAUUCCUUUCCCUCUAAGUUUAAUCCUGCCUGGAAGGAUGUCGAGAGGAGCACUGAACAGGAUUCUCUUGACAAGGGGAGAACCUCCCCUCUACCAUGUCCAAGAAGUGGAAGCACAGAUCUACAGAGAUGCCAAGGAGUGCCUAAACCUCCUGUCACAUAGAUUGGGGACAUCUCAGUUUUUCUUUGGUGACACGCCUUCCACCUUAGAUGCCUAUGUGUUCGGUUUCCUUGCGCCACUUUAUAAAGUGCGUUUUCCCAAAGUUCACUUACAAGAGCAUCUGAAACAGCUCUCCAACUUGUGCCGCCUCUGUGAUGACAUCCUGAACAGCUACUUUAGGCAUGGGCCCGGGGGCAUCUCUCCAGCUGGACAAGAAAUGAUAGAUGCAAACCUGCAGAAACUCACACAACUUGUAAAUAAGGAAUCCAACUUAAUUGAAAAGAUGGAUGGCAAUCUCCGCCAAAGCCCUCAGCUUCUUCCUCGGAAGCUGCCAACCCUCAAACUGACUCCAGCAGAAGAAGAGCCUAAUUCCUUACAGAGGCUGUCACCGUGACAGUCAAAGCCAGACACAACCAGAGUCUUAUGGUUGUUGCAGUAACUGCUCAUGCCGAGGGCAUGGAGACCCAAAGAAGAGGCCGUCAUGGGUUUAAGAAAGACUGUAAUGCAGGAGGAGCUGUAUGUGACUUCUUUUUAAAUUAGGGAAGCUUUUAUUUUAGCUUGGCAGUGCACUUUAAGUACAGGUGAAUGCUAAGUGAACGGGGUGGGUGGGCAGGGCAGACUGACAGUACUGUCUGUAAAAAUCCUGCCUUAGUCAUGGCAGAUCUUUGCCUUUUGUUCAGGCGUUGCUGACCAAAAGCUGCAAUUCUCUUCUGAAUGUGCAUUUUUAAUUUAUUUAAAUUAAUUUAUUAACGUAGUUUUUCUUAGGCCCAUCUCAGUACAUAAUAUGUGGCUUUUUGGCUGAGACCUUAUUCUUCUUUUGAGAAAUCUAAUGCCUAUUUUAGGAACUAGGAAAAAUAGAAAUUACUUCAGUAGAAAAGCCUGUGUUUAACUUUAAAAAAGCAAUGAGGAAUGUGCUUCUUAAUUAUUCUCUCAUAAGUCUGCUCCUCUGGCGGUUUAGUACCACAUAUGCAAAUGUUAAAGGUGGUUUCUAUAACACCCCCAAUAAGGCAUGCACACGAGCAUCAGUAUGAUUAAGUGCUUGCUGACAUGUUUGAUCUAAGCUAGCAAAGGCGAACAUGGCAGCUUUAGUGCACCAUUGCCCAUUUUCUUAUUCUUGUAUCAGUUCCAGAGCUGGAAGUCUAGCUCAUCUUACUGUAUUCGUAGGAAACCCGUAUUGAAGUUAACUGCUAGCAUCCUUGGGAUGAGCCAUGGCGAGGAUCCUGGAGAUGCCUCCCAUGUGCCUGGUUUCAGUGCUCCACACUUGACUCAGAACAGUUUCUUUAUAAUAAGCAUAUCAUGUAGUCACAUACUUUCUGACCAACUAUUAUUUCCUAUGUAUUUUUAACUGCAGUUGAAGGAUCCAAAGGAAUAAGUGAGAAAUAGCAGGUUUCUAAGGUGAUUUUAUAGUUAUUGAUUGCUGAAUGGAUUGUCCAAGGAUUUCCUGUGUGGUAUUUGACAUAUAAUAGUGGUUGAGGUGCUUCUGUUGUUGUGAAACCACUUCUGGGAUUUUUAAAAUAUAGGACCAUGUUUUGGAUUAGUGUCUUACAAGAUUAUUACGGUGCUCAGCAAAUUCCUGGAGUCAUGCUGUGCUGUCUAGAGCCUCCGCUGCUGUGAGCAGAGCAGACCUCUGCUCUGCAUUUGACUUGUUCCCUAGCUUGCUCCGUGUUUCAGUAGAUGAAAGCCUUAGAUGGCUGUAAAUAGUUUUUCUUGAAAGCUUUAAGUGAGACACAAGGUAAUCUUCACCAUCUUGUUCUUCUCUUCUAGUGCAUUUACAUUUAGGACAAACAUGCAGUGAGUUUCACAAUACUUCUUUAACAAAGUAUGCAUGUGAGUGAGUGUGUAUGUGAGGGACUGAGUGAGUGUGGGGUGUUGUGUGUGUUCAUGUGUUUGUGAAAGUGGGGGGUGUAAGUGUGUGUGUUUGUGAGGUUAGUGUGAUGUAUGUUCAAGUGUGUGGGGGAUGUGCAUUUGUGGGCUAUGUGUGAGUGAGUGUGUGUGAGUGAGGGGUGGUGUGUGUGUGUGUGUGUCACAUCUUCUAAGGCAAGUUACAGCAAUCUGAAAUCUGAGUAUUUUGUUUUAAAAAUAAUGAUCAAGAGGCUUCCUUGCCUCUAGGAUUGACUUUAUAAUGGAGAAAGAUGGUUAGCAAGUUAAUCAGAUAUCUGUUUAUGCUUUAAUCAGUGUUAGUCAUUUUCAAUUAUGAUUUAAUAGUAAGCCUUCCAAAACAGUAUUUGAAGUAGUUUACAGUUGUAAAACACAUGUAAAAAUAGGACAGUAGUUUCUGAAAAAUAACAGUUCCUAAGAUAAAGAACCAUAGCAUCACCACUAGGCUGUAAGAUCUAACUGUGUGUGAAGCUAGAAGAUAAUACUGAUUUAAGUAAGUUCUUCUAAUGAAACUGCUAGUCCCUGUGAGCAGGGGACUGUUUACAUGUGGAGAGGAAUGUCGCAGGGCAUGUUCAGAAGACACUGUGCUGCAACCAAGAAGUGUACUCUACUAUUUUGUGCAUGGAAUGCUUAAUCCAAAAGGCUUAUUUCAGAAUAACGAACAUCUGUUCUUUAUGGUGCAGAGGGUGUUUGUGGAGUGAUGUGCUUGCUCUGUCUCCCUGCUCUGAACUGCCUUUAGCCUCAUGCUCUGUGUCCAUGUGCUUCAAGACCACAUUUCUGAGAUGCAGAAGCUGAGCUGGCUAAGAAAGAACUUAGCUGUUGGGUUCCUUCCAUCAGCUUUCUUUGUCUAAGCAACUGAGAUGACAGGAAGCUGUAACUGAGCACAGAGCACUUUAGGGACCAGGCACACAGAGAAGCUCUUAGAAGGAAAGAGUUUCCUAGACUGGACAAAGGGCCCAUGGUCAGGAUGUGUGUGCACUGGGAAAAGUGGUCCAUGGCCUUGACCAAAUACUGUGAGCCAUUGUCUAUUGGAGGGGGUGGUAGAGCACAACAUGAAAACAGGGACUGUGCUCAUUUUUAUUUUUGUUGAUUGUACAGAGCUAGAAAGAAAUCGGUUCACUAAUUCCCACAGGGUAAACAUAGACACUCUUGCCACAGUGAUGACCCAACACUAAAGAAACUGCACACAAGGACAAUGGAAAUUUCUUAACUUUGGCCUCACAAAAGGUUCACAUUAACAAAUUUCAGUGUUGGUGUGCUUGAAUUAUUUUGGGGUAGUAGAGGACCCAAUAUAAGCAACCAUUUUUAUUUCCCCUUGUAAUCCUUAACAAUUUACAAUUGAUAGAUAAAGUAACACAAAGGAACAAAGACGCUUAUAUUAGCGCUAAGUUUAAAGUUGUUCAAAGUCUAACAUUUGAGAAAACUGACAUCAACAGAGGCAGACACUGGUAACAGUAUUUUGAGAAAAACCACUUUGUUCAGGUAGCUACAUGUGAUCAAGUAGUAUUUGAAUUGGAUAAUGUUUCUUUAGAGCCUCUCAAGAAUAUGCACUUACCAAGCUUGUUUAAAAAAAAAAAAGUUUUCUCGGGGUUGGGGUGGGAAAUGACAAUUUUCAACAGCCACAACCAUAACCACUCAAAGCCAGAUUAUAAAUACUUAAUAUGAUUGGGGCCUGACAGGUGGCUCCGCAGUUAGGAGAACUUACUGCUCUUGCUGAAGACCUGAGUUCAGUUCCCAAGGGCCUUUGGCAGGUGGUUUACAGCCUUCUGUAAUUCUAGCUCCAGGAGAUCUAGUGCCCCCUUCUGGAAUCCGUGAGCACCCGUAUUCACAGUGUGCAGGUGCUCCCUCCCCAACACAUACACAGAAUUAACAGUAAAAUAAAAUUAAAUAUACAUAGGAAGCUGAAUGAUGUGGCCCUGGGUUAUCUUACUUCUGCUUUUGUAAUACUUUAAGAGUCUAUAAUUAUUUCCAAGUAAAGGAUUUUAGAAGCAAACCUAAUAGAGUAAGUUUAUCACUGCAUAGCUGUAUCUUAAAACUUGAUGCUGCAGACCUAGUAUUGAGUUCCACAUGAGAACUGCAUCGUAUUAUCUGAUGAAAUUUUUAUUUGAUUCUUGAGCUUAAAGAAAAAGCAGCUCGGGUCUCUAAUAAACACUUCUGAAGAUCUCCUUUGCCUCUGCCUGAUCUAACAACCUCACACCAAAAGCUUGUUUUCUAUAAGAUAUCAAAAUGCUCAUGCUUUGUUUCUCGUGUGUGCUUCCCCCUCUGGCAGCUGGCUUCAUAACUGAGGACAAAUUGUUUUGAGCCCUUUGCCCUGUCUCUGAGUGGGCAUCCCUUUUGCCUUGCAUUCCUCUCUGUGGCCACGUGUGCACCAUGUUUGCUGACACCACCUUCUAUUGCAGGAGUGGCAGGGCCAUUCGCUUUCUGUUUUAAACUCGAAGGGAAUGUGUAAUUGACAUUGUCCUGUCUGGGUUAUUUUUAGAGCUGAGAUGCUGAGCAAAGCCAGAGGUCAUUUGGGUUGUGAUGGCAGUCUUUGUAUAUAGUUCUUGGUGGUAAGAAACAGCAAAGCAAAGACUGCUUUGCUGCUCUGCAGUCAUGUGAAAUUACAUUUAUUUCCUAGUGUUUUCAUAUUUUAAACAAAAUUUAAAGAAAUCUAUGGUUACAUGAAAUCAUAGAUCAGUAGUCUCACCCUGAGAGGUUUAAUUGAAGCUUCGUUGGAUUCCAGAAUGCUGGUUUUCAUGAUCGAGUAAACUGGGAAAGGUUUCUCUUUUUUGUUUUCAAGUGUUUGUAAAGUGGUUUAAUGUGGAAGUUGGUGUUGGGUGUUGCAGUCUCUAGGAGCCCAGGCUACAUGUUUUGUACUCAGGACUGUUGUGACCAAAACAAAUGGGGACUCUGGGAAUUACAAAGGCUUAAAAAUGUUUUUCCAGAAAAGUGGUCCGUGGAUUACUUAAAAGAAUUAGCAUUCUUGAACAGUGAUAUAAUAAAAGGGAAGCUUGAGCUGAUUACUUGUGAAUAGCAAGGGGUGUGCUGUGAUCCAGACUUACUCAAACCGAAUGAGCUAGCUUCUUUCAAAGGGGAAAACCACUAGUUAUUUUUGUGCCCUCAUUGUUAUUAAUUUGGAAUUAAAAGGUAAAAACAAGUUUAUGCAGGAGCAGUUUCUAAGAAGGUAUUUGGCAGAAUACACUGUUAUAAUAAGUUUAAAAAUGCUGCAUUAAGCAAAGCAGAGCUGCUUUAGGCUUUUUAGAGCCUUUGAUGUGUAAAUGUGUGUUUUUGCUUUCCAGCUUCAGAGAUGUUUUACUAGCAAAGAGGAAAGCUGAGCAGGGCUAUGUGUGGGCACGUGUUUGUCUCCCAGGAGGAGUUCGUGUCUCCACUGAGAACCUCAGUUUGAUAUACCACUUCCCUAACUUAUUUUACUGAGAAUUUUUUUAAACUAGGUGUUUUAUGGGAUUUGCGUUCUGAGAAAUUUACUAAGGAGAACACUGAAUAUUUUGUUGUUCAUUACAAAGUUUCUGCUUUUGAGUGCUUCUCUGAUGACGGUGAAUGUAACUAGACAAGCUUUAUUUCAUUUCAGAGUAUAAACCAGCUCACCAAUAAAGCUGUGGCACCUUGUCAACCUUUGCAACAUACACAGUUGCAGGCGUGGCGCUCCAGGGUUGGCUGUGCCUUUGGGCUGGGAGUGCUGGUAUAAUGUUGAGCAUCUAGCCACAUGAAAAGCUCUUGGAUCUUAGUUCUGAUGCUUCAGUUCGCCCCUCAAAAAUUAGAGCGAUGCCUUUUAAUCAUGUAGUUUACAUAUCCCAGAUCCUUGGGAAUGACCUGCCAGAGUUUGCAUCCAUCAGACCUCGGAGAGCCAUCUGAGAUGGAGAAGGCCAUGCUGGCUGCUUGUUCUUUGGUCCAUAGGCUACUGGAAUCUUGAUCUGUUGGAGGAGGGGUGUGUACAAGCCUCUAAGUUAAGUACAUAAAGAUGAAGCAGGUUUCUCUUAGGUCUUAUUUUGUAAGAUAGAAACUAUCUUUAGGCAGGACUGGUGUUUGUAGCUUCACGUCAGCUUUCUGGAAGAUCACCAGUGAAAAAGACAAGAACUGUGUAUGUAUGCAUAUUGGCUCUGUCUCCCCAAGCUUGUCUUUGAAGGCAAACAUUUUAAACAUCUGUUCACGUGUUAAAAUGCUGUAGUCUCUAUUGUGCAAACAGUCAGAUCAGCAACGCUGGCCAUGGCCUAACGCUCUAGCCGUGCCCACUAUGAAUGUAUUCUACUAGAGGUGAUGUAGAAAUGCCAGAAGUGGAAACCAUGAUCGUUGUUAAGAAUUUAUUCUGAUCAUGAAAAACUGGAUAUAAUCUCAAAAUAGUUAUUUUCUCAAUAAAAUUUCAAAUCACCCAAGUAUUUAUUAA